AUGGUUAGAUAUGUAACACAACAGAGUGUUCAGUGAUGUCACGUCAUGUGCUGAACGCGGUAUUAAGCUCUCGCAAUUGUUCAACUAAGAAACUGACAUAUGUUCUACCAGUUUAAUACCAGUUAGAGAAGACCCCGAAUUAAUGAAUCAAUAGUAGCGCACCCUUUACGAGAGAAUCAGGAAUUAAGGAUGUCCAAAUUAGGGGAAAUCUUUCAAACAAUUUAAACAUUAAAAAUGUAACAGGUAUGUUUGAGGGUUUGUUAUAAAGAGAUACGAUCUUGCCCAAUAUAAAAUGAACCAAUGAGACACCUGUCACGUGACCGUCCGCACCGCCAUUGUUGCUAGUUGCUUUAAUCUUAAAUGGUAUGAAUAUAGUUAUUCUGUCACAGCUGCACACGCGCAGAAAGUACGCGGCGAUGAAGAAAAUAACGAAUUUUAACAAUCAAUAAAACAAUAAAAUGAAAAAUUUAUGUUGACCGUGGAAGAGAAACAUACAUAAAAAUGAAAUAAUUGAAAUAAUUGAUAGAAUAUAUUACGUUAAUAUAUUCGUGGUAUUGUCAAAAAGUGAUAUUUACAACGUUAACAAGAUAUCGGAUAUGCCGCUGUUAUUCAAAUAUCACAACAACUGUCAAUUAUUCGUCACUGUGACAGUGCACAGUGUUUGAAGAAUGUAAAUAUAAUAUUAUAAUUUACAUUAAAUGUGAUCUGUAAUGUCUUGUCAAUAAGAAUACGUUGAACGGAUUUCUUCAUAAUAUAAACAAUGAAACAAGCAAAGUACAGGGUAGAAGCUUUUAUUAUACCUGUAUGUGUUGAUCACAAUACAAAUUCUACUGUAAGCCAAACUCACUAUGAAAAAAUCGAGUUAAACGAAGUUAAUAAUAUGAUUGUAAAUACUGAAAGAAAAGAAGAAAACUUUAUUGAAAAUUGUACAAACGAUUUGUUUACUAUAGAAGAAGAAAGCAUCCAGAAUUUAAAGAAUUCCAUAACUCUUAAAAAUAUUACAGAGGCAAGUUUAAUUGAUAUUACUAAAGAGAAUAAAAAUGUUUCCUCCAAUUUUUAUACUUCUCUUCAAUAUUGUAAAACAAAAUAUGAGGCAUCAUAUAAUCCAAAUUUUUGUUCCAAUAUAUUUGGUAAACUUAAUAAAUUGACACCGAUUAAUGAAGAAAAUGAACUUGCAGAAAAAAACCUUACAGAUCUAUGUUAUCAUGGAUGUAAAAAUGGAUGCUCUGCGACAGUGCCAACCCCUCAAGAAGUCAGUGAAGAAGUAUUUAGAGAAAAUUGGUUACAAAAACUAGAAAACAUAAAGCAAAAGGAAGUUGAAUUGAAUAAUAGAGAAAUCAUUUUACAAAAUCGCGAGAAAGCACUGUCUGAGAAAGAAAAAGAAAUAAAAAUUUUGGAAUGUCAAUUAAAUGAUAAAUUGCAACAAAUAAAUUUGGAUCUAAAAAAAAGUAAACAUAUGCGAGAUUUGUUAAAAAUAUCUAAUAUGAACAAAAAUAAUCUAGAACCACUUAUGAAUGCUAAUUUUGAAGUAUUACAACAGGAAAUUCAAAAGAAGGAAUUUGAAAUAGACAAUAAGUUAAAUCCAUGUUCAGAAACCCUUCAAACACAAGAUAUUAACCAAAGUCAACAAGAUCAUUUGAAUAAACAGUUAUGUAACAACAUAGGUAACAUAUAUAAAGAUUUGCAAGGAAAAAGAAGUAAUGGGAAUUCGUCUUCCUCUUCUGAUCAUAGUGGAUCUGACGAAAGAAAAUUAAAGCAACAUUCCAAUUUUAAAAGUACCACAACAUUAAAAUCUUCUUUUGGUUCUAAAACAGUUUCCAAUAAUUUUAGUAAAAUGAAGAAACAUCCUAAAUUACAUUACGAGGAUUUAGAUACUACAUUGUCUGCAGAUAUAGGAGACUCAUCUUUCGUUCAAACUUCUCAGAAAUUUAAUCCAGAAUUAUAUAGAAAACCACAUGCAUUUACAAGAUCAGCUAGUGAACGUCAUGGAAGAAAUGCAGGUAAAGGGAACAGCAUAAAUCUUCAAGUUAAAAACACAGGCAAUAUUUGGGAAGAAUUUGAAGCACCUACUAAGGUGGAACAAGAUAAGGUAUUACAAAGAGUAACUAAAAAUAUAUCUGUUUCACAAGAUAAAAGUACAAAAUAUCAGAACUAUGGCCUUAUAGAUUAUAAUGUAAAUACAACGAAUAAAGAAUAUAAAAUCGAAAAUGAGAAAAAGUAUUCUUACCUAAAUUUAGAAACAGGAAAUAAACCAUGUUCGCAUCAAAGACUAAUAAGAAACACAAAGGAAAGACCAAUAUCUUGGAAUGAAGAAACAAAUGAAUGGUUGCAGAAGAAACGUAAAGCUUACACAAUGACAACAAAAAAAGUUUUAAUAAAAGACAUUGAAGAUAAGGAAAACUACAAAUGUGGUGUAAAAAAUGACAGAACUGAAAAAGCGAUGAAGAAAAAUGUUAUUAAACAUAAAAUACUUACUAUAUUCCGUUGAUGUAAUAUGAAAACUAGAUUAUAAAAUCUAAGGCACUGUAAUUAGUAUACAAUAGUUAUUUGUUACAUAAAAAAUAUGUUCAUAUGGAAAUACUUUGUAGUGUUUUUGUAGAAAUAAAAUUGUAAUUGCAAUUGCUAUUAAAAAGAGUUCUAGCUCUGGUUCUAAAAAACACAUCUUGCCAAUUGACAUGAAAUUUUAAGGAAAUGGAAAGAGAGGGUGAAUCUUAAAUAUAAAAUUUUAGCUUCCCGUAUUUAUUAAUUUCUGAGAUAUUGAUGAAAAAUUGUUGCACCAUACAUUCAAUUCUGUAACAAUAUCAUAAAGAUCUAAUACAUACAGUUCUAAGACUAAUUUUCACUUAAUUAUCUCCAUGAUGGUGGCUCUCCUGGUGCUAAUUCUCUUCCAAAGAGAGCAGAUUUAUCUCGAAAACGACUAAGUUUUUUCGCAUCUUCCCUCCUAAGUAGGUAAAAUCCAACAUAUAGAGCUGACAUAUAUAACACACAAAUCACAGGUGUACUUGCUGCUCUACAUAUCUUCGUAACGAGUGUCAUUUUAAUUAUUCAAUUGUAAUUCUGUUUGUCUAGCUAGUUCCUUUUUCCACUUUCGAGUAUGACUCCAAUCUGCAUAAAUAGAACCCAGCGUAAAAGUUGGAAAAAGUGCCACCAACCAAUAUCGGUUAAUAAAAUAUAAAGCACCCUUUUGGCCCAUCAAACUAAAACAGAAAAUUUAGUACUGUAAGUUUCGUUUCAAUAUUUGUAACAUUUUAUGAAUCUGACCUUUAUAUAAUAAGUACACUUUGAUUAAAUCUAAAGGAUAAGAAAUAUUCGAACCAAUUAAUGAAUAAAGAU